UGUUUUAGUUUGAAGAGACUCAUCAAAUAAAAAUAAACUCGCACUAUUGUUUCAAGCAUAUCCCCAGGGUGCUACUGUCUUGUGCGUCCCACUGCUUAGUGGUCCUGAAAUUAUAUAAUAUUUAUGCACACGCAUGCACGUACACAACACAUGCUUCUGAGGAGCCGUGCUCGAAUUCUUGUCUCAGGCCAAAAAUAAUGACUCGAAUUCCUGUCCGCCGAAUAUGAGGAUGUUUACUUUGAGUCUAUGUUUCACGAAGUUGGAUGGUGAAUGACAAGACAGAGAAAGAGAGGCAUUUUCAUUUUCCUUGUUUGAAAGAAGAAGGACGCCAUGGAGUUCUGGAAACUCUUCGUCACCGCGUUAAUGCCAGUCCUGAAGGUGCUCUUUCUCACUGCUGUUGGCACAAUUCUGGCACUGGAUCGAUUUGGUAUACUGAAGAAGGAUGCUAGGAUGCAUCUCAACACUAUGGUAUUUUUUGUCUUCAUUCCUGCUCUUGCUCUUAGCAACCUGGCUGAAGCCAUAACAUUUAAGAGCCUAGUAAUGCUGUGGUUCAUGCCAUUAAAUAUUCUGCUGACUUUUAUCAUCGGGUCUGCACUCGGAUGGUUACUUAUUAAAAUAACAAGAGCUCCUCGUCAUUUACAUGGGCUCGUGCUUGGAUGCUGUUCAGCAGCAGGAAAUUUGGGAAACAUGCCUCUUAUCAUCGUUCCGGCUGUAUGCAAAGAAAGAAGCAGACCUUUUGGAGAUAAGGAUGCCUGUAACAGAAAUGGACUGGCAUAUGCUUCUCUAUCCAUGGCACUAGGAAACAUUUUCAUAUGGACUUAUGUAUACAACCUUGUCCGUAUAUCUUCAUGCAAGAAUUCCAAAGCAAAUGACGUUGACGAUUCCCCAAUGAAUCUGGUAUCUUUGCCUGAAACCGGUCAAGAGAACACUUCAACCUGUCCAGUUGGACCAUUGGUCUCUGCAGAGAAUGUGUCGCAGGCAAAUGACUUUGCCAGUGGACUUGAAAUCGAGAUUGCAAGGCCUGACGGAGUAGCAAAGGUAACCAAGCAGGCAAAAGUAAGGAAGCUAUUAAAAAAAUCAGCAGAAAAGAUCAACCUGAAGGCUUUGUUAACUCCUGCAACAAUUGGAUCGAUUAUUGGCUUAAUAAUCGGUGCAAUCCCUCAAUUGCAAAAGAUAUUAGUUGGUGAAAAUGCUCCUCUUCACGUAAUUGAAGACUCUAUAUCCAUGCUGGGCGAUGCGGCCAUUCCAGCUAUGACCUUGUUAGUUGGGGCAAAUCUCCUAAAUGGUUUGAAAGGAUCAAGCAUGCAAUUUCCAAUUAUUAUAGGGAUCAUCAUUGUUAGAUAUCUUGCCUUGCCAGCCUUUGGUGUUGGCAUUCUUAAAGGUGCAAUCCACAUAGGCUUGAUCCACCAUGAUCCAUUAUAUAAAUUUCUUUUACUCCUUCAAUAUGCUCUUCCACCUGCAGUAAGCAUAAGUACAAUUACUCAGUUAUUUGGGGCUGGUGUCGGGGAAUGCUCAGUUGUAAUGCUAGCAACUUAUGUCUGUGCCUCUGCUUCGCUUACUCUAUGGUCCACAUUCUUCAUGUGGCUUGUGCUAUAGCGGUUUUCUUGCCAACCUCAAAGCAAAGCAUGUUACAGUCUCAAAAGAUCUCAAAAUAGGAAAAGGAAAAGGCUGAGGAAGCAUCGCAAACACUGCUGAGCUAUGCUAGCAAAGAACUACAUUACUCUGUAGUGGAAUCAAUGAUUACACCAAAAUGUUUUCCAUUAUCAUGACAUUUCAGAUGCUGUGAAUUACUCUUUUGGAUACUUA